AUGCCCCUCAAAGUACAAGCCCACGACCUCGUCCACGAGACCGGUCCAAGAAAAAACACGGCCAUUCCGGUGAGGGGCGAGGCGCGGACGCUCGGCCUCAAGGGUGACUACAGAAACUUCGAGAAGGACUGCGGCGUGUCGCGCGAGCAUUGUACCAUAAGAAGUCCGGACAAGCACCGGUCGCUCUGGGUCGAGGAUCGGUUGUCGCGGAAGGGCACCUACGUGUGCAUCGGCGGAGCGGGUAAAGCGUGCGAGACCUUUCCGGUGUUUCCUGAUGUUUGUUUGCGGUUGUCGAAGUCGAAUUUUUAUUUUGCGGCGCCGCCCGAACGAGGUAGGGAGGAGUCCUCGUCGGAGGAGGAAGACGAGGACGAGGACGACGACGCAGAGUCUGACGUUUCGUUGUCAGAUGACGAUGAUACUAUCAAUGAAGACGUUGAUCAUAGACUGCUUGUUAAAUUUAGAGGGCCUCAUACUAAAAGACAGAGACGCGUCGUGUUGACUGGUUCCACCACAAUCGGUGCUUCUGAUGACUGUGACAUCGUCCUCAAGGAUGAUGAUGAAAUGGCGCCCGUGCACUGUUCGGUAGAGCUCGACAAGGACAAGGGCGUCUUCUUCGUCAAGCCCCAUGAUACGUCGUCAGGUACGUACGUCAAGCUCUCCGAAAAAACUUCUUUCGAGCUCAACGAAGGCGACGUUUUGCGGUUGGGCGACGCGCGACUCGGUGUGCGGAAGACGGAGGCCUGGGCGUUUAGUGGGUGGCUGGAUUCCAUGCUGCUGAAGCUCGCUCUUUGCUUAUUUAAGGUCGAAGAGAAUCAUCGGGAGCGGCUCAAGCCGCUCGGGGAGACAUAUGUGUGGAACCGGUUCCGGGCGUAUCGCAAAAGAAGCGGCAAGCGCCACGACCCGCCGGUGGGCGAGCGGGGGUGGCGGGCGGGGGCUUGUUGA